AUGACGUCCGCAAUCCCACCCAUCACCACGCCCAAGCCGUUCACGAUCGUCUACAGCGAUGGCGAGGUCAAGGACCUUCGCAACCGCUUGCGCAACACCCGAUUCCCCGCUGCACCCUACCUUCCCGAAGAUGCACGUCAACCCAUGAAGCUGGUCUACAAGCCAGACCUGCCUCUGGUCAAGCAGCUCAUCGACAAGUGGGCCGAGUUCGACUUCGACGCCUUUCAAAAGCGUCUCAACAGCUUUCCGCACUUCACCACGUCGGUCGACUGGUGCACGCAGCUGCACUUUGUACACAAGCGUUCCUCCCGCACCGACGCGAUCCCGAUCAUGCUCAUCCAUGGAUGGCCUGGAAGCUGGUUCGAGUUCGCCCACGUGAUCGACGAUCUCGCCAAUCCCGCGGAUAAAGACGCUCCUGCUUUCCACGUCGUCGUGCCCUCUCUGCCUGGAUUCAUGGAUUCGACCGCCCCACCGUCCAAGAAGCCUGGAGUGGGUGACGUCCGAGGGUACACCCGGAUCCUCGAUGCGCUCAUGCGCGGUCUCGGUUACGACAAGUACGCAUCGCAAGGCGGUGAUUGGGGAAGUCCGCAUGCUCGAGCUCUCGGAGCCUUCCACUCGCACAAGGACGGUACCGGCUGCCGUGCGGUGCACCUCAACUUCUGUCCCGUCGCAGCCAAAGGUCUCAGCAAAUUCAUGCUGACCACUCUCCCCGUCAAAGUCACGCUGGGCGUAGCCAAACUCAUCUACGGUCAAGAGUACCUCAUGAUGGCAGCGAAGGGUAUCUACUUUGAACAGAACCGCGCCUACUACGAUGUGCAGAGGACGCGACCGGUUCAACUUCUUUACGGUCUCGUCGAUUCGCCCGCUGGACUGUUGGGCUGGCUCGGAAACAUCUACGAUACCUUGUCCGAGAGGCGUCCCGACCACCCGCGGUUGAACAUGGAUGCGUGUCUCGACAUCGCUACGCUGUUCUGGUUCACAAGGUCGAUCGGUACCUCGUUCAUCCCUUACACGAACAACAUCUUCCUCCCCGAGAUUCACGGCUCUGCCGAGUACAAGCUUCCCGUUCCGCUCGGAUACUCGGAUUUCCCAGACGAGCUGGUCAACACACCCAAGUUCGUGGUGGACGCGACGACGACGAGUGGCAAGACGAGGUGGGUCGCGAGAAGCCCGGUGGGCGGUCACUUUGCUGCGCACGAAGAACCUACGAUCUUUGUCAGCCAUCUGAGGAACGCGUUUGCAAAAGGCGGUAAGGGCAAGUGGAGCGGAAGCGAGGAGGGGAUUGUAAAGCCGGAGAUCGCAGGUGGAUUGUGGGAUGAAGUCAGGGAACAGGAGGCGAGAGCGUCCAAGAUCUGA